UUUUCCACAUUCAAUUCGCACCCCCCUCGUUGUCGCCUACCUUCCCCAUAGCUGUACGUCCUCCAUCGAAGCGCAUUCUGGGCUUUCUCACCUCCAUUGCCGCAACUCGUCUCUUUCUCUCCAUAGCUCUCCUCCAUUAAAGCGCAUUCUGCUGAGCUUUCUCACCUCCAUUGAAGCGCAUUCUGAGCUUUCCAACUCCAUUGUAGCAGCUUCGAGGUCCAGUGUAAUGUCUUUGAGGGUGCUAAAGGUGAAGUUUAUUUGACUUCUGCAGGAGGUUGAGGGAGCUUCCUGGUGGAAGAAUUGAGAGUGCGGCGUUGGGAUGGAAAGCAAUUAUCCCAAGGGUGGAAAUCAAUUUCCUUUUCAAGCUGUCAAUGGAAUUAGCCAGAUUUCUUUUAGUGUCGACGAAAGUGUGACACCCAAGAAGCCUACCUCUCUGCCAGAGGUAGCAAAGCAACGUGAAUUGAGUGGCACUCUAGAAGCUGAGGCAGACUCAAAGAUCAAAAAGGGACUGUCGUAUGGCAAGUGCAAGGAACUCAGUGGAAAUAACAUUUUUGGCCCACCUCCGGAAAAUCAUCCUCGAUCAUUGGCUGUUGCACGUUCAUUGGAGUCAAAAGAAAAGGACAUGGGUGAGCCAGCACCAAGAGCUUCACAACCAGAAGUUCCAAGAGCUGACAGGUAAAACACCAACAACCAGUACCAGGCAGGCACAACACCACCACCACCAGACAAUAGCUAACAGCCAGCAGAUAGCCGAAAGGCUUUGCAAAACCAGGCCAGCAACCAAACAGCAGUAUCACAGCAGGUGAAAAAGCAGGCAACAGAACCAGCAGCCUGAACCAAACCUAAGCAGCCAGAAACAGAAAGCAGUAGCCAGCAACAGCUACUCCAGACCUUGAUUCUGUAUUUUUGUUUUCUUCAGUUUUUUAAAGUGUAAUAUUACAAGUUAUUGAAGAAAAUAUAUGUGUUUUAUGUAUAUUAUGA